CAAAAAAAAUAAAACAAUAAUUUUAUUUUUAUUUAAUAAAAUAAGUUUCAUUAAAAAAUCAAAUGUUUUUCAUAAAAUCAAUUUAUUUAUUAGUAGUUUUAUUUAUUUACGAAACACAUUGUAUUAAUUAUGCACCCGUAGUGACCACCCGUAACGGUCAGGUCAGGGGUAUUAUCAAAACACUCGAUGACGGAACCGAACUAUACGUUUACGAUGGUAUACCUUAUGCCGAACCGCCAAUAGGUAACCUACGGUUCCGCAAACCGGUACCCAUUGGCAACUGGUCGGGUGUUUACGAUGCCGUCAAAUAUCGUCAAUCAUGUAUACAACCGGAUAAACUGGAACCGGAUAACAACAUUCCCGAGGAGUCCAUCAAAAGUGAGGACUGUUUGUUUCUAACGGUUUGGUCACCCCUACCGAAAACUUGCGGUACUAAACGCCCGGUGCUAUACUGGAUAUAUGGCGGGGGUUUCGAAACGGGUACUAUAUUCUCGAUUGUCAACGAUGUCCGCUAUGUGGCCGCUAUGGGCGAUGUUAUAGUGGUUACGGUUAACUAUAGGCUGGGUCCGUGGGGUUUCCUAUAUGCCGGUACCGAUGAUGCUGCCGGUAAUAUGGGUUUGUAUGACCAACUGGAAGGUAUGCGUUGGGUUAAGAAAAAUAUUGAGUUUUUUGGUGGCGAUCCCAAUUUGGUAACCAUUUUUGGCGAGUCGGCCGGUGGUAUGUCAGUGGGUGCACACGUAGUAUCGCCGCUCGGCGCCGGCCUAUUCCGUCGGGCAAUCCUACAAUCAGGUGCACCCAACUCAUACCUGGGCAGCGAAUCGCGGGAGAAAUCCUACAACAAAACCCUAUAUUUGGCCCGUAAUCUGAACUGUAGUACCGAAUCUGGUCGGGCAAUAGUCGACUGUCUACGGCUCAAAACGGCCGAUCAGAUACUGAAUAUAUCGAAAACCGCCCGAAAAGACUCGAAAUCAUUUGAACCGAUUUUCGGCGAAGACUUGAUGCCUGUCCAAGCCUUAGAUGCCCUACAAAAGGGUCAGUUUAAUCAGGAUAUUGACCUAAUGUACGGUACGGUUAGUCAAGAGGGAGCCCUAUUUGUCGAAAGCCUGUUUCCCAAUGUAUUUGAUCCAUCCAUACCUAAGCCCAAGAUUAAUGUAGUGGCAGCUAAACAGUACAUCCAGUUUCUGUAUAUGGUAUUUAAGGAGCCGUACGGCGGGGAAGUGGCCGAUUUCUAUACCCGUGGAUUGGCCGACACGGAUUACGAUCGGUUGAGACAGGCAGUCGGGUACGGGUUUGGCGAUUAUAAUAUGGCCUGUCCGACAGUGGUUUUCGGUCGGGAGUUUGCCCUGCAUAGCCAGGGCAAUAGGGUAUAUGCUUUUCGGGUAACACAUCCGCCAACAAUACCCGUAUUCCCGAACUGUAAGGGUUGGAUGGGUGUCUGUCAUGGCGAUGAUGUCCUCCUAUUGUUCGGGUUUCCCAUUAGGCUCCGGGGUAUUACGUUUACGGAAUCGGAUUAUCAGAUUAGUCGGGAUAUGAUUCAAGCCUGGGCUGAGUUUGCCCGUACCGGAUCGCCAUCGAAGAUGGGUUCGGCCAACUGGUCGGAGGCCAUUGAUCGGCAAUCGGACAGUCCGUAUACAAAAUAUAUGGACUUAAAUCCAAAUAACUAUUCAAUGGUUUCCGACUAUUAUAAGGAGUCGUGCGAAGGACUGUGGCUGAAGCUCUGGAAUGUUAAGAAAUGAUUGGAUGGGUGUGUGUGAGCACAGGUAGCCCACACCCACUCAACCACCCAACCCCUGGUCAUCACCGGACAGUAUUGUUGAUUAUAUACAUAAUUAACAUAAAAUUUAAAACAUUUAAUUAAUAGAAAAUUAAAUUAAAAUAAAUAAU